AUGGUUAAGCGUACCGCAGAACGACAGAUACGAAAAGAUGAAUCGCCUGAUGAUCAUGAUGAUGGUUUCGAGGUUCCUGUAAACGCUCUGGCGGACGUUUUAGCAAAAAGACGAAUCUUGCAGCCAAAAGGUAGGAGCUUUCUGUUUCCCAAGGGCCCUGUCACGUCUGGUUCGACGCUGAAUAGCUCAAGCAAAAUUUUGGCACUUAACAAACAGUUCAAAGCUUCUGUCUUGAAAGCCAUCGAUAGUGAUGUCCUCGAUCUUCGCCCGUUGGUGUCAAAAUAUCUACAGUUUUAUAAAGUUGCCCAAGAUUCGGCCACAACUGCGGGGGAUGAGGACGAAGUGGUUCCAAACACCAAGAAGGCUACAUUAGGAUGGGUUCCUGGGUCACUGUCGUCUCUCUCGGCGUCAAAGCUAUUCCAGAACUCAAAUUUUAAGCUUGACAAAGUGGAAGAGAAAGGACGAGGAGUAGAGACGACUGGACCAUCUUUCACUUUCAACAAAAACAUUGAUGACCCUGUUUUCAAAGUCGGCCAUUCAGCGGAGAGUGGGAAGAUGAGCUUCAGCCAGACAGAUUUAUCGGGGGCAGGCUUACCAUUGCGGGAAGAUAAGAUUGACAUUGUUGAAGAAGACGAGACUGAAGGAAAUUUUAAACCGGUUGUAAAGCUUUCAGAUAAGCUAGACAAUGUAAUGACCGGAGAGGAAAACGAGAGCACAUUGUUUUCUUGUAAGACGAAAGUUUUCUUGUACGACAGUGAAACUAAGGAGCAGCCUUAUAAGAACGUCGGCAUUGGCGAGUUAAAGGUUCUCAAAGCACAAGACGGGAAAAGUAGGGUCUUAGUUCGUGCGGAGGGUAGUCUGAGGGUUAUUUUAAACGCAUUAUUAGUGGCGCAAGUUAGCUACAUCACGACUGGCUCCAACGUGAAAGUACCCGUCGCAACCUCUGAAGGGAGUAUCAAGAUGUACUUAGUUAGGGUGAAGACACAAUCGCUUGCAGAAGAAUUGUGCCUGAUCUUGAACAACGAGAAAUAA